CGCUUUGUCUGCCAUUGCUGAAGAACAAAACACUACAAUUUGGUGAGUAGAGUGAAAGAAAUGACAUCAAUGGACGACGUUGAUCGAUUGUUUGAAUGCUUCAAAUGCGGCGUUUCUCCUCCACAAUCUGCGGUGAGAGAAAGAAAAAGAAGCAAGAGCAAAUUGAAGCAAGAAAUUCCUGAAACUCCGUCGCCAGGGUCAUCCAUCCAACCGAAGAAAAAGAACAAUGUUGGUUCAACAAGUGAGAAACGGAUUUCUCCUGUUGUAUUUUACGGAUCUCCAAAUGGAGUGCCGCCUAAAAGGCCAAUUAGUUUGUUACGACUGCUUCGUGAAAUACGUAUUGAUCUUGCACAACAACAAGAAUCCAACUUGAGGACGGAAGUAUGGGCUACAUUUCCAAGGCAAAAUGAGGCAUUGAACUUCGCAAAGGAGCAUGUCAAUGUGCAUGUUUUCAGUUAUCAGGAUCACCAUAACGGACAAAGAAGGUUUCUUGUUUCUUCAUUCAAGGAGUUCUGGAGAAGAUACAAAAUCAUGGAUCCCAAGUUUCGCCACCACUAUGAAGUAAUUCAAGAGGGUUUUCCAUGCCAUCUCUAUUUCGAUUUGGAGUUUAAUAGAAGAGAAAAUGCCGGAAACAAUGGAGAUGAAAUGGUUGAUCUCUUGAUAUCUGUCGUUCUAGAAGCAUUACUGGAAAAGUAUCUUAUUCAAGGAAACUGUGACUGGAUAGUAGAGCUUGAUUCCUCCACUGAAGAAAAGUUCUCACGCCAUUUGAUUUUCCGCAUACCAAAGACUGCUUUUAAGGACAACUCACAUGCAGGUGCAUUUGUUUCAGAGAUAUGCUCUCGGAUCUUAAGUUUGAAGGAAAAAGAUGGAAGAUAUGGCAAACUCUUCAUAAGAAAAGAUUCAUCUUCUGAACUUGCUACCCAGUCUUUUAUUGACACUGCUGUCUAUUCUAGAAAUCGGGUAUUUCGUUUAGCUUUAUCAUCCAAGGCAGGGAAGAGUUCUGUCCUGCUACCCACUGGGCGCUUCAAAUGUAAGGACAUGUGUGAAGAGGAGAUGUUUAUGGAAUCAUUAAUCUGCAAUAUGGAUGCCAAUUGCAAGAAGCUUCUUGUCUGCAAAAUGGACUUGGAUUGUGUGAAGACCCUGCAUUUUGAUACAGAGACAAACUAUUCUAGUAGAACGUAUGCUAUCACUCAACUAAAUGAUGCUCCAGUGACAUAUAAAUUGGGAAAGUCGCCAUUUCCAUAUAUGGACAAUUUUGUAGAAUCUAUUGCCACAAUUGGAAGUGUAUCAGGGAAAAUUCGCAGCUGGUAUUGGUUCUCUGAAUUUGGAUUGAUGGUCUACAGCAUGUCAAGAAAUCGAUAUUGUGAACGAAUUGGCAGAGAGCAUAAAAGCAAUCACGUUAUAUAUGUUGUUGACCUCAGAAGGGCAGUGUAUUAUCAGAAAUGUCAUGAUCCAGAUUGCCAAGGCUACCGAUCUCCCUUGCGACCAGUUCCAUUAAAUUUGAUCCCAGAUCCUGAAAUUCUCUGCGGUUCAAAGCAGGAUUCAGAUUAUAUAGGGUUAAAAACUGAUAGCCUGGGCUGUCACUAUAUGGAUGAUCAUGAAGGUAUUCUGCUUUACAAUGAUGAAAAUGAUACGGACAGUGGUUUUAAAGAUUCUUGGUGGCUUGAAGCUGUGAAAGUUGCUGAUGGUAUAGAAAAUGAAAAGACAUUGCAGCUUAGCAUUGCGAACAUUGACGAAGAAGAUGACAACUGGUGGAUGCUUGUGGAAAAGACUGCAUCCCAAGCUGAGCUAACGCUCGCUGGUUAACAUUUUACAUCCGUUCCAGCAGGUUAUAUUAAAUUCCAGCUUGUGUGCUGAUAAGAAAUGCUCGGUGAAGCCAACAAAUGAGGGAUUUGAUCUGCAAGACCUAGCUCUGCAGAACUCUUCUCGUGAAGUAAGAAGUUCAUCAAGUGACACAUUGAUGAAUUCUCACAAGGUUCAAGCUGCCAUUGUUGUUGGAUUUAAAGAAAUGUUGGUUCUUCAUGUUUAUGGAGACGACAGUAUUCAUUUCUUGCUUCAAAUUCUUAUGUAGUCGGAAUCAGCUGCAUGUACUACUUCAAAUUCACUCGGAGGUUGCUGUAACUACAAAUUAAGUUUGAUCAAGUGAAGUGAUCAUCCUUCAGGAAGCAGACGUACUCCGGCCUUGUGCGCAUGUUUUAUCUGAUUGCUAUUUUUUGGUCCUCUUAUACCGACUACAAAAUUAGCUUAACUUCCCACUUUUGUACAUUAGAUUUUAAUGAUUGUGUUGUAUCGAAGUCUUAGGAAAAAUAAGAAUUAUAUGUGUAAUUAUUUAAUCAAACUGUUUAUUAGGAGGAAUUUGUCUGAAUUCACAAUAAACAACGGUUACAUUACUAAUA